AUGGCGUCGAACAAACCGAACAAGCUGGCAUUCUUGUCAAUGCCGGCGCCUGCGUCGUAUGUCGCUGGUCUGGGACGAGGUGCUUCUGGAUUCACGACCCGGUCAGAUAUCGGACCUGCGCGAGAGGGACCAUCGGCGGAGACUAUUGCCGAGGCGCAGGCGAAGCGCGGGGAGGAGGUUGAGAUUGAUCCCGACCAAUUCCAGGACCCAGACAAUGAAGUCGGCCUCUUUGCCGGAACGACAUACGAGCAGGACGAUGAGGAGGCGGACAAGAUAUACGAGACGGUGGAUGAGGCCAUGGAUUCACGGCGCCGUGCACGGAGAGAAGCUGCUGAACAAGCUCAGCUCGCCAAGCACCGCGCUGAGCGCCCCAAAAUUCAACAACAGUUCGCCGACCUCAAACGUGGGCUUUCGAGUGUCACCGACGAGGAAUGGGAAAACAUCCCAGAAGUCGGUAAUCUGACGCGCAAGAAGCGUAGAAGAGAGGAAAGGAGCUAUGUUGUCCCUGAUAGCGUCCUUGUUGGUGACCGAAGUAAAGGUGAAAUGGAGAGCGCGCUGGAUCCACGGCAGCAGCAGAACGGAGGCUUUGAAACCCCCGCGGAUGCUGGUAGUCUUACAUCCACCAACUUUGUCGAAAUUGGCCAGGCUCAAAACAAGAUUCUCUCGCUCAAACUCGACCAGCUUUCUUCCUCUGGCCUCGCUUCCUCGCUUCCCCCCGGCAGCACCUCUUCUCUUCUCUCCGGCACAUCCUCGUCGAUCGACCCCAAGGGCUACCUGACGUCCCUGUCCUCGCACUCUCAGACACUCAAAUCCUCGGCGGAGAUUGGCGAUAUCAAGAGGGCACGCAUGUUGUUUGAUAGUUUGGUGAAAAGUAACCCGAAGCAUGCGCCCGGGUGGAUCGCUGCGGCCUGUUUGGAGGAGCAUGCGGGGAGAAUGGUAAAGGCGAGGAAAAUUAUCAAGAUGGGGUGUGAGCAUUGUCCGAAGAGUGAGGAUGUAUGGAUCGAGGCAGCACGGUUGCAUAACACCGAAGAUGCCAAAGUCGUCCUCGCCAACGCGGUGCAGCACCUCCCGCAAUCCGUCAAAAUCUGGCUCACCGCCGCUGGCCUCGAGACAGACCCACUCGCAAAAAAGCGCGUGCUGCGUAAAGCACUCGAGCACAUCCCCAACUCUGUCCGGCUGUGGAAGGAGACCGUAAACCUAGAGACGUCCGCCGCGGACGCGAGGAUCUUGUUGGCGCGCGCGGUGGAGGUGAUUCCCUUGAGCGUUGAGCUGUGGCUGGCCCUUGCGCGGUUGGAGAGCCCGGAUAAGGCGAAGAAGGUGUUGAAUAAGGCGAGGAAGGCGGUGCCGACUUCGCAUGAGAUUUGGAUUGCGGCCGGGCGGUUGUUGGAGCAGGAGGCGUCGGCUCCGACAGAGUCAGGUGAACCCAAGUCGAAAGAGCAAAGGGAGAAGGAGCUCGAGUUGGUGGAUAAGACGAUCGAGGGUGCGGUGAGGGAUCUACGCAGGCAUGAGGUGCUGCUUACGCGUGAGCAGUGGCUUAAAGAGGCAGAGCGGUGUGAGGUUGAAGGCAGCCCGAGGACGUGUGAGGCGAUUGUGAAGGCUACGGUGGCGAUGGACGUGGAGGAGGAGGAUCGGUUGGAUACGUGGGUCAGCGAUGCGGAGGCAGCGGAGGCGCGCGGUGUAAUUGGCCUUGCGCGGGCGGUACUGGCGUAUGCACUGAAGGUGUUCCCGGAUAAAAGGAAUCUGUGGCGCCGCGCUGCAGAGUUGGAAAAGGCGCAUGGGACGAGGGAGUCGCUUGACGCGAUUCUGGCAAGCGCGGUGGUGUAUUGCCCCCAGGCAGAGGUGCUCUGGCUCAUGUCGGCCAAAGAGAAGUGGCUUGCGGGUGAUGUACCCGCGGCUCGUGAAGUUCUGGAGCGCGCAUUCGUUGCCAACCCGGAGAGCGAGCAGAUCUGGCUUGCAGCUGUCAAGCUCGAGGCGGAGAACGGCGAGUUUGGUGUCGCACGGGAGUUGUUGAUUCGUGCCAGGACGGUCGCAGAUACCGAGCGGAUAUGGAUGAAAUCCGCCGUCUUCGAGCGACAGCAGGGUCAGACAGAUACGGCCCUCGCGACGCUGACAACCGCACUCCAAAAGUUCCCUCGUUUUGCAAAGCUUUACAUGAUCCAAGGCCAAAUUCAACAAUUCGACCUCAAAAACAUCUCCGCUGCACGCGCUGCGUUCGCGGCAGGGAUCAAAGCCUGCCCGAAAGAACCUACUUUGUGGAUCCUGGCAAGCCGACUCGAAGAGGCCGAUGGAAAGAGCAUUCGCGCCCGUUCGUUGUUGGAAAAGGGACGACUCGUGAACCCAGCAAACGAGGUUCUGUGGGCUGAAGCCGUGUGCGUUGAAGAGCGUGCGGCGGUCGCUUCAUCCGGCACGUCUGCCUCGUCAGGGCUCACACCUGCGUCUGCGUCAAUCUCGAGUCUCACAUCUGCGCAAGCGAAAGCGAUGCUCUCCCGCGCUCUGCAGGAGUGCCCUGCCUCUGGGUUAUUGUGGUCUCUCGCUCUGUGGUCUGAACCGCGCGCGUCGCGCAAGACAAAGUCAGUGGAUGCCUUGAGGAAAACUAAGGAUAGUCCGCUGGUGGUGUGUACGGUUGCGAGGGUGCUUUGGGCUGACCGCAUGAUUGAGAGGGCGAGAGAUUGGUUUGGGCGGGCAACCGCAACGGAUCCAGAUCUGGGUGAUAUAUGGGGCUGGUGGCUAAAGUUUGAGAGGCAACACGGGAACGAGGAGCAACGCGAGAAUGUGAGAACCAAGUGCGUCGCCGCUGAACCGCACCACUCGCCUGUGUGGCAGUCGAUUGCGAAGGACGUGAAGAACGUUGGCAAGUCGACGAAGGAGAUUCUCGAGAUGGUUGCGGAUGCGUUGAAGUAA